GCCCGGUGAAGAUCAGUUUCUCGCGAUGAAGGUUUCCUUGUGUCUUGUUUUUGCCGCAGUUAUCCUGCUGUGCCAUGGCCAGGUAGAUGAUUCGACAGAAAUUUCGCUUGUCAAGGUUACAGAAUUAGCAGUGAAAUGUCUCCGAGGUGAAUCCAAAAAAUGCGUUAUUCCCAGCAUCGAGGAUCCACUGAAAAACGUCGUUCUACCCGAUUUGAAGGACAAAACGGCACUGCAGAUCAAGUCCGGCAACGUUAGCGUCAUAACAGAAGCGUUCUGCAGCCAGCUUGACUCGAUCGUGAAGCUUCAGCUCGGUGCGCUUAAUGUUGAGAAACUGUUUCUGAGUCCGCGCCUGGAGGAGGUAGAUGUCGGUGGAAAUCAUGUAAGCACGGUCCUGUUUAAAGAAGGUGCCGAGUACAGCACGGAGAUUCUCGACAUGAAAAACAAUCGCUUGACGAGUUUAGCUGGAUUCGAAGUGUUGGUCAACCUGGUGGAACUUCGACUGGAUUGGAACCUUCUCGAAACUGUUGACAUGAGUUUGUUUCAAUCGAUGACCAAGCUGAAGAGGUUGAACUUAGGAAUAACAAGAUCACAACCGUGUUGACUCCUACUUCAACGCAACUGUUGGAGCUUGAAUAUCUCAAAUUGGCAGGAAAUAGUAUCAACCGGUUGGAUGUACACAACUGGGACUUUGAGUCACUGAUAGAGCUGGACCUGAGUUCCAACAACCUGGUGCACGUGGAAUCUCUCAAAGAAAGGCUGCCAAGUCUACAAAAAAUUUCGUUGGCCAAGAAUGGAUGGCACUGCGCUUGGUUGGACGACGUUUUAAAGUACUUUGAGACAGCUUAUGUCACUGUCAAGGACAGUGACAAAGAGUGUGAAGGACUGUCUCCAUCGAACAUUUGCUGUGUAGCAGAGUUUGAGGCAAACUCGUACGACGAAAGCUUCACCAGGUUGGACGCGUUGGAGAAGACUCAGAAGAAUCUGCAACCAGAUCUGGAGCAAAAGAUUAGAGAGUUUGAAACUGGGCAAAGCCGAAAAAUUUCCGAAGUUAAGGUUAUGCUCGAGAGUCUCCUGUCCACACAAGCAAACUGUGCCUUGUUGACACCUGGUGGAGACGACCUGAACAAAGGUCAGUUCAGCGCGAUCAAGGAAAAGGUAGCGAUCAUUAAAGCAACCCUGGAAGAGGAACAGAAGCGCUUCCAAAAGCAAAAGGAUGACAACGCGAAAAUUCAACGCAAGCUUGGAUUUACCAUCGUCGAGCUAAGGAACGCGCUGGAACGUGAAACAAAGAAGGUUGCUGAGCUACAAGCGCAGUUUAACCUGCUGAAGGAUCACGUACGCAGCAAGCUGGAAAAACUCAGUCGACUGAGCAACUGAACCUACUAGCAUGCUUUUUAAGAAAUAAACAAAUUUGUGUAUGAAAAGAAA